CUUUUUAUGGAUUUUAAUAAGAACACUAAAGCUAAUUACAGUAGAGUAAUGUCUCGCGUAUUCAACCGAUCACGUACUAGUCUAAAAUCUAGUUCAAAUGUGACACGACACGAAGUACCGUCGUCAGUGCGCGUUGGCGCGAAACCAUCUGUUUCGGCCGCGAGUUCUAGUGUUUUUAGUGAACUUCCGACAGUGUUAAACGAUUAUGUGCCCGAAGUACGUGUAGAAAAAGUAGUUAAAAGGCCGUUAGUAAAGCCUAGAAAGACGUUACAAUCUCUGGACCCCGGAAAAGCUAAGUCUCCGGCUAGGCCGUCUCCAGCGCGCGGAAGGGGCAAUGUUAGUGAUAUUCGGGCCCGCAGCUCGGUUCCGGCGGUGUUGAGUAGCAACGGGGAUGAAUGGUCAGCGUCUCAUGUUCGACAAUGCUAUAGUAGUAGGUCUCAUACCAGACUGAAGGAAUUAAAGGAUGAAAUAAAAGCUUUCCGUCAGACUGACAAGCUGUUAAAGAUACGCAGUCAUCUUUAUAAGAGCUGCGGGGUUGUGCUGGAUGAUGUUGGAAACGUAGCUCAAGACAAGGCUGUUCAGGCUGUCCCAGAACCAGAAAAGGAAAUCAUGUCUUCAAGAACGGAGCGGCGAGAGGAUGCCGGAGCCCCUGUGCCUGACCAACAGAUGAGGCCCGGACCGCAGUACCCCGUUGAUCGAUAUUUGGUUGAGCGCAGCAAGAUCGAAAUGGUAAACAUCAUAGACGACGAUAUUUGGAAGCCGGAGCCGGCCCUCCGGCUCGAAGAGGAACUCAUCCUUAGAAAGUUGCAUGAGAUGCUGCAAUCGACUGCAGACGACCUGAAGCUGCUAUCCGGAGAACUGGCGCAGCGCGAGCCAGGGAUGCGCGAGCGACCGCGGGCGCCGCCCGCGCCGCUUGAUGACGACUUCAACGAGAAGAUCCACAUCGAAGAGGUCGUUAAUGCCAAAUUUAACGGGUACAAAACUAUCGAUAAUCCCCCUAAACAGAAACUAACGGAAAAAAUUAACAAAAAUGAUAAAAAUGCUUUAAACAAUAACAUUCUACAAAAUGCGCCUAUAAAUAAAAUACCUACAAGAACUAAGCAGCUUACUAAAUCACGCACUAGAAUAGUUCAAAUUGAUGCCACAGAUAGUACAAAACAAGUAGAAGGAGAUGUUGUCAAAAAACCUCAUAAAGAAGCUGUAAUUUACAAUGAAUAUACUUUUCAAUACCCGAAGGUUAAAGAAAAUAGUUUUGUUAAGGAUCUUCAAGUACAAACCAUGCCAAGCAUCAACAUUAGAGGAGAAUUGAAAGAGCAAAAAGUCUUACAAUUAGAUAUAGAGCCUGAAACGGAAAAAACUAAAAGUAAUUCAGAACCUAAAUAUAAUGUUGGAGUAAUUUCAGUGCAACAUGAGAUUUCUUCCGUAAAGGUACCAGCAUCCAAAAUCCCGCCAACAAUUAUAUCCUCUCAUGUACCAACUAUGAGAAAUAUAAAACCGACAAGAAAAGUCACAAAAAUUGUUACUUCCGAAAGUAGUACUUCAACUAACAAUGGAAAUUCUGGUUCCCAAUGUAAUUUAAACCUCUACACAAGAAAAACUACAAGAGCGUCUUCUACAACUUCAAUACGUUCAGAUCAAAAUAAGAAAGGAAGCUUAAUAACUAAAACAGAACCACCCAAACGAGCUCAUCUCAAUUUGGAUGAAUGGAGAAAAAAACUAAAUUCAGUUUAUGGUGUGCCUUCAAGCUCCAAGAAAAAUAAAUUCAUACCCAAAUUAAAGGGAACCGGCAAGAAAAUGUCUCCUAAAAAAUCGAAUCUACAGCCAUCAAAUCUUUCAAAGCCACAACCAAAACUGUUGAACAACGCUCAGUACAUUCCAUAUUCAAAGUUAACAUUAGGAGGUGUUAAUGUUAGUGAUAUUGAAAGGGAAAUAUCAGAUAUACCAGAUAAAAAUAAUAUACCACUUAGCCCUAUUAUAGAUAAAAUAAUAAGUAGUCAAGACAAUUCUUGCAAUAAUAGCCCAAGAAAGAAAGAUAAAGGAGAUAGUUCGAAAAUAUUAACAACCUCAGAUGAAAACUUACUACAAGAAGUUAUAGAUAUUGAAAAAACUGUUAAUAAAACCUUAUCGAAAAACACUGAGAUGAGAAUAAAAGACAAUAAGUCUCAAAAGUUAUCUAGUGAUAGCACCAUCGAAGACACAAAUGAACCAGAUAGUUACGCAGACGACUUUGAGGAAGAAAAAUCAGACCAAUCAGAUAAAAAUAGUCGAGGCAGUCAAUUAAGUUCAGACAAUAAAUAUUCUAAAAAAGCGAAUAUUAGUGAAAUAACGGAUAACAGUGUUGCUGAAGAGGAAAAAUUAGAAAAUCCUAAAACCAAAACAAAUAUCCAUAACGUGACGUAUUCGAAAACUCCCAAACUUUCAUUGAAAAAGCGCGUGGAUGUAUUCGAGUUUGUACACAAUAUUGACACUGAAGAUACUGCUACACAAAGCCAAACGACUAAGAAAAUAUCUUUGAAAGAAACUCAAACUUCACCUAGAAAUGGCAGUCCAAAUAUAAAACCUAUUCACAACGAUUUAUGGCCUUCUAUGGAUCCUAGCAAGGAAAUUGAGAAAAUGUUUAAAUUGGAGAAAGAACUAAUAAAGAAGCUAAUCGUCGACGAGUACGGCGAUUUCCUUCAAAGCUCUAUUGAUAAACCGUCCACUUCUAAACCCCAUCAGGAUUCGUUAACCGUGAGUCUAAACGUGAAUGCGGCGCAGAAGGUGACGCAGACUUCACCUAAACAUGCGAAAAGUGUGAUGACUUCUCCCACACGGACCAAGACUAGAACCACUUCUCCUUUCCUCUUAUCUUUACCCGUCGAUCAUCAAACAAGUCCCAUCAUAUCUGUCACAAACGAAAAGGAUGUUAAAGUUGAAAUUGAACAGGAGCCUGGAGACCUCGGGAUAUCCAUUAAUCUCUCUUCCCCACGAUUCAGCCUUCGCUUACCAAACACUUCAGUCGAAGUUCUAUCAAAUUUGGAAAUUUGCAGUCGCUCGGCUCACAGUGCCGAAAGAAAACGAGAAAGUAGUGCUAGAAUAUCUAAAACUGUAAAGCAAAACAUAACUAACUCGACCUCAAUAGAUGCUGACAACUCUUCUUCGGAAAUCAGUAGUUUAGGAGAAGUAAAGUUAAAACUUAAAAAGAAAGUUCGCAGAAGAGUUUCCUCACCAGAGUCUAGUAGUUCUUUGUCAUCCAUUUUAAGUGUUGAUAUCAAUUCUCUUGGUAUUUUGCCUCUAAGAAGUGAAGGAGAACUUAGUUCAAUUCAUAGAUCUAAAAGUAGGAGUGCUAACCUGCCUAGUAAAAGCGAAGGCGAAAUAAGCUUUGGUAAAUAAUGAAUCAUUACUCUAAUCUACUCUUAUUAAUAAAUUACUCUAAUUUUGAUUUGAAGUUCUUUGUGUUUAUAUUAUAGCAUUUAUAGCCUGAUCAUGAAACUCAGAGACAAUUCGAGUAGAUCAAGUCUAAAAACUGUUCUUAAAAUGUCAGAGCCUACGCAAGUAUUUUCAAGUUAUUAGGUGUAUUCAGGCUGUUAACUUACCCCCUUAUUCAUAAAAAAGUUAAUGAACUGAUUAGUUCAAAGUUUUUGUCCCUUUCUCACAAAUACAUAAAACAACAUGACAGAUAAUGAUAAACGAUUAUUAGCUAAACCAGGUUUAUAAAACGUUUAUAAAUGAAUAACGCCGUAUCCCUCUUCUGUUCAGACUUUUAAAUAAUAUGAGUGGAACACAUAGAUGGAUCCAGCGACAAUCAUUUCCAGAUUAUCUAGCGAAUAAGUUAGUACCUACUUUCUAGAUAGGCAACCGAAGCCAUCUUACUAUUUUGAUCUUUUAGUUGACUAUUGUAAUAGUAAUAGAGACUCAAGUACUAUGUUUUUAGACUUUAUGAUUCUUAGCUAGGGCUAAAAGCCAAACAUUUUAUUUUAACAAAGACUAAAAAGUAUAAAGAUAUUGUUGCUCUGAACUCUGAAAAGAUGUCGAUAAUACAACAAUCUGUAAUUCUCUGAAUAAAAACAUACCUACCUUUAGUGCCUUAUCUACAUAAAAUAAGUUUAAUAAAUGAAGUAUGUACGUUUUCACCAAGAGUACAAAUUAAUAUUUAUUUUCGCUUGUAUUGUAGUGGAGAUAUUUUCUGUUAUCAUUUUAAACAUUCGCAUUGUAAAUGUUGUAUGUAAAAUGUAAUACAAUUAAGUUUUUUGUAUUUUAACGAUAUACGAAUUUAAAAUGUUGUUUAUAAAUUAAUUUGUAAAUAUAUUUUUCAAAUUUUCUGCUUAGAAUGCUAUUGAUCAAAUUAACUAGCAAUUAUUGUUGAUAGUUGAAUGUCAAUUAAACCCCCAGUUAUCACA